AUGCCCGAGAUAGCUGAAGUUGCGAGAAUCGUCCACUUCCUCCGCCUUCACCUUGUCGGCAAGACCAUUUCCAAGGUGACUGCCGUUGAAGAUGCCAUCGUCUUUGGCAAGGCCGGCACGAGCGGCCCUGAGAUAGAGACCUCACUGAAGGGAAAGAAGGUCAUAUCUGCAGGCAGCCAGGGGAAAUACUUUUGGAUCGCUUUUGACAAACCUCCGCAUGUUGUGAUGCACUUUGGGAUGACAGGCUGGAUCCAUAUCAAGGAUGAGAAAACGGCAUAUACAAAUUACUACAAUAAGCUGAAAAAAGGCGAGGGAGAGCAAUGGCCACCAAAGUUCUGGAAGUUCCAGCUGGAGACCAACUCGAAACCCCCCGUGAAGUUAGCCUUUACCGACCCUCGCCGCCUAGGGCGAGUUCGCCUAGUUGACUGCCCGGCCAGCGAGAUUCGGAAGAACUCGCCGCUCGUUGAGAACGGCCCAGAUCCGGUUGUCGACAAGGACAUCUUCACCGAAGAAUUUCUGCGGAAAAAGAUUAAAUCGCGCAAGGUGCCCAUCAAAGCCCUUCUCCUCGAUCAGAAGUUUAUCAGUGGAAUAGGGAAUUGGGUUGGCGACGAGGUUUUAUACCACGCACGCCUCCACCCCGAGCAGUACAGCGACGAGUUCGGCGAUGACCACAUCAAGAGGCUGUACGACUCGAUCAUUGAUGUUUGUCAAACUGCUUGCGACAAGCUUGGAGAUUCGGAACAGUUCCCAGAGCAUUGGCUUUUCAACCAUAGAUGGUCCAAGGGGAAGAAGGCAUCCACUUUGAAGCUACCUAAUGGUCACAAGCUGGCAUUCCUUACUGUUGGCGGCCGAACCAGUUGUUACGCGCCCAGCUUGCAGAAGAAAAUCGGAAGUACAGAUGUCAAAGUCGAGGAGGAAGAGGAGGAGGAGGAUGCGGAGACUGUCCCCGCCACGAAGGCCACAAAGAAGAGAACCAAGGUGACCACCGUCGAGACCGUCGAGAAUACCGGUUCUACACCUGCGAAGAAGCCGGCUAGAAAAUCCGUGGUCACCAAAGUUGAGAUAGAAGAAGAAGUAGAGACUAAAUCCAAGUCGAAGAGGACAAGGGUCUCUGUAUCGAAGGAGGAAGUCACUUCAUCUCCUGCACCGAAGAGGCAAAGGAAGUCCGCCGCGGCGACGACUAAAAGUGCUACUUCGGAAAAUGUCGAUGUCAAGGCUGAGGACUCUGGACGACGUCGGUCCGGCCGAUUAAGGAAAGUUUGA